AUGGAUACUCAUCUUCUGAUUAAAGCUCUGGCCUUUAUUCUUUUGAUAAUUGUUGGAAUUCCUGGAAAUGUUUUCAUCCUCCUAAAAUUUACUUACAUGAAAAUAAUUGAGAAGAAGCUUCUACCAGCUAAUAUCAUCCUAAUGGUCCUUGCCCUAUCCAAUCUUUUAGUGGUUUUCUCCCGUGUCAUACCACAAUCUCUAAAUGCUAUUGGAGUAAAAGACUUACUGGAUGAUACGAAGUGUAAACUGGUUCUUUUCAUCUUUAGGGUCAGUAGAGCCAUGUCUAUUUGUGUAACCAGUUUCCUCAGUUGUCACCAGUGUGUUCUUGUUGCUCCCGUUAACAGAUAUUGGACAUACUUGAAACGAAAGUUAUCUAAAAAUGUUACUCUUAUUAUAAUCCAAAUCUUAGCCAUGAAUGUUUUUCUCUAUCCUUCUACUGUUUUGUAUGGACGGGCUAAAUCCAAUUAUACUUCACCAUAUUCAUUACAUCUGGUUCAUUGUGAUGUAGACUUUAUAACCUAUGUCUCCUUUAUCUUAAAUGGGUCUGUAUUCAUCAUUCGGGAUAUCAUAUUCGUAGGACUAAUGACAUUGUCAAGCAGUUACAUGGUUUCUAUAUUGUAUCAGCAUGGAAAAAAUAUUAAAGGCAAGCGCAGUUCUGACCAGCUUCAGAGAAAGUCUGCAGAACAUCGGGCCUCCAGGGCAGUUAUUUUAUUGGUAGUGCUAUAUGUUUUUUUAUAUGGCAUAGAUAAUUCUAUGUGGAUCUAUACUCUUACACUGUCUGAUGUCAGACCUGAAAUAAAUGACACACGGAUAUUCCUUGCAGCCUCAUAUUCUGCCCUAAGUCCUGUUGUUAUUAUUGCCACAAAUCCAAAACUUCACAAAGGAACCCAAAAUGUAUGGAGAAAGAAAAUGAAUGAGAGUCAGAAAAGUGGUGUUAUGGUGUCUGUCAGCAAUAUAAGUUUAUCUUGA